UCCAAACACCGCGUGUAUCCGUGAUUUCCUUUGUGCCGUGAGUUUAGGAACGUUUUUGGUACAGGCCGCCCCCACGUGUCUGUUUUUUCGCCGACCGUCUCGAGUUCCUACUAGGUGUUUCGUGUAGAUUCCGUAUGCGUUGUGUACUCAGGCGACCUUCGCCGCCUUUGCCGGGUCAACCUAUGUGGCCGGGUUACACGAAAACCAGCGCAGUUCCAGAAAAAAGCAAGUAAAACGUUGGUUGAUUCCCCUCUUGUGGUUGGAGCCGUUCACUUACACUGCUGUCAUACGCGAUAUAUCAAGCAACUCCCACCGUUGUGCAUUGCUUCGGAGAGCGUCGCUUCGGAGAGAUUCCCAAGUGAACCUAUAUAGAUUUGUUCGCCCAAGGGACAAGGAGUUCGGCGACUAGCUAAGGGUACUGUCGGUGUAUCAAGCAGACACUCGGACUCGCUCAUACAGCGUCACACACUCGCGGUAUUUUUUCACGGAAGCAAUAUCUAAUGGAAAUAAACGCGUUGAUGAAACAUGAUGCAUCCCCAGGUGAAAGUUCUUGUCGGGAUUGUACUCCCAGAGGCCGGGCGAAAAGUUGGUUUGACAUCUCACGGCACGCAGGAGCGUGCCAAUCACGACGCUAGCUCCGCCCAACCAGCUUCACGGCAGUCGCAUGCUGCAGCUACUCGUCCAGCCGUUCCUGACGGUGCUGCCAAGAGUGAUAUUGACGUGGCAGCGUUGAUGGAGCGCAUGGCUUCCAUGCGCAUUCGCACGGAAGCAACGCACGAAGAGCUUAAAGCCGGCCUGGAAGCUGCGAAAGAAGAGAACGCCAGGCUUAAAGACGGUUUGGAGGAGGCAAAUGCAAAAAACGCCAAGCUGGAGUCUGCGUUGCCGAUGUCUACGUUUGACGCCAGCAUGCUGCAUGCCGCCGCGUUUGGUUUCCAGGUGAAAAUCCUGAACAAAAAGGUGAUGAAAACUGGGCCGGACUCGGAUAGCUUGGUGCCCAGCGGGGGGGGGCUGGCUUUGAAGCAGCGGCAAGCUGUCACCGAGACAGUGGAUGACUUUCUCGAGAGGGCUCAAGAGAGAGGUAAAUUCCCACUCUUGUGCACGGGGCUCGAGGUGGCGACCCUUGGGGUUAUUCUGCGCCGGCAAAGCAGUAAUGCCGAAGGAGCGUUUGUUUUUUGUCCAGACGCGACCAAGUGAACAGGAAAAAUAUCUACCAAUUCGUUCGUCUCAGCGUAUGAGCUGCAUCGCGAGCAUGAUGCCAAGCUGGGCCGUUUUCAGAGGGCAGUUGACAGGAUCACCCGCAAAUGUACGUCAGAAUUGUGUUCACGACCACUAGAUAUGCGUGCCUUGUCUAUUGUGAUCGAGAACAAUUACACUCAGCAUUCGCAUGCUUUCAUUUGGGCCUCGCCUCGUGAGCAACUUCGGGCAAAAGUCGUUCCACAGGCUUUCCGCUAUCUCUUACGUGCGGAGGAAAUAUGCUCCGCUGUUGAAGUGGCUUCCAGGCAAGGCAAACGCUCAUUUCAAACUCGGUAUUUUCAAGGUUCAUGUCAUACUAGGCCCCGCCUCUCUCCGUUGCGCAAUUUUCUCACUCACAGGCGUAUCAUCGGCGCGCAAACCGGGCCGCGUGGAAUCAUUUGUCUCUGAUGUUGUUCGAGCGUUUUGUCUCGACCGGAUGUCGUAGUUGGACUUAUUUGGUGAACCAUGGUCACCUUGACCAGUCGAACUGUUUUCGUGUGUUGUUGUGGGUUGUUUGAUGGGUGCUUGGUCAUCCCGGCGAGCUUGGCCUUCACUUGUGUGCCCAAACGCUUGGUGCCGUUUUCGUGUUUUCACGUCGCGAUACCCCACCUGUUCUGGCUUAGUUGCACAACUGAGCCGCUGAACAUUCCCCUUCGCAUUUACGCUUGAGACCCUCGUGCCACUUAAGU